CUAUGGGUGCGAAUGUGACUGGUCAUGUUCCCAGCAUCACGUGCUGUCCGGGGCGGGUGGCAGAGCCAGUUUUUCUGCUCCCAAAGUGGGACUUGGGGAGGAGACCGCAAUGCUCAAAUAGCCACCGCGCUGCCCGCUGCCAGCCAGGAGCCGAGGAGCCCACUCACCUUUCCUGCUCCAGGUGUGAGAACCUCGUGCCCAGAGCCCUUUGGCUGUGGUGAAAUGUCGACGAUCCUGAAAUGGUUUGGACGGGAAGAUAAGGAGGGAGAGGAAAAGGAAGAAGAGAAGAAACAGGAGGCAGAGGAGGAAAAGGACGAGGGAGCUGGGGAAGGUGACAACAGGAGGAGCAGCAGCAGCACGGAGGAGAAAAGCAAAGAGGGGCCUUUAUUCUCCAAACCCAACUGCAGUGCAUUCAUAACAUCCACAAAGCAGCAGCGCCAGGCUGAUUGUGAAGGAACACCUGCAAUUUCCUCCAGCAGAUCCACCAGAAGGGGCCUGUGGGUGAUGAAUCCAUGGAGCAACAGCAGCCUGAGCUCUCCAAAGCUGUGCUGUAUGGGCACAGGCUGGAAGCAUGGUGGGACCCCCGAACCCAAACACCGCUCACCUGGAAUCCAAAGACCAGGGGGGUAAACCAGCACAGGCAGAAGGCACAGCCAGAAAUGCUGCUCCUGCAGGUGGGGGGGCUGCAGCUGUCCCUGGGGCAGCAAUGAGGUGAUUGUAACCACGCACCAUGGUUGCAGCAUGGGUACCCUGCACCGUGGUUUUGCCACACAUCCCAGAGCUACCUGGAGAACAGGGACGGUUCUGACAUCAGUGUUUGCUCAUCCACGCCCAAGGAGAAGGGCAUCUCUGUGUGCUUUCUAUAGGACUAGCUGCAAGACUCCGUGACAAUGCUCUGCCCACCUCAUUUUCAGGUGUAUGCAUGAGUGAUAUGAGCCAGAUACCAAUCUGGGCUCCCCAUCCUUCCUCUCCUGUCUCCAGGACG